AUGAUCGAAAACAACACAACAACGCUUGAAAACAACAUAACAACAACAGAAUCAUACACAACGGGACAACAAACAGAAGAAGGGGAACAGUCAGAAACAAUAGAAGAUGAGAACGACAAAUUCGACAUAAUUGACUAUGCAAAUCUAGUUGCUGAAGAAAUGGUAGAAAAACUUGAAAACACCAGUAAAAAACUGGAUCCAGAAAUCGACAUCAACAAUGCAAAGUUAAUAACAGACAAGCAUCACCCCGAAGUGGAAAAAGGACAGGCAUACAAAGACAAAGAAACUCUAAAGAAUGUUCUCAGCUACUACGCAAUCAAAAACAACUUUCAGUACAAAGUGUGGAAGUCCUGCUCUCAAGAGUACAGUCUGAAAUGUGUUUACGAAAGCUGCAAUUGCCUGAACAAAUGCCCUUUUUCCACACUUUGUACUGAAAUACACCUGUUUGAUCUCUGCAACAGGUUCUCAAAUAUCCACACAUGCCCCAUAAAUAUUAGGCAUGAAGACCAAAGGCAAGCAACAUCGAAACUGAUAGGGGAAUGCAUAAAACCGAAGUUCUUGAACAUAAAGACAAAGGCAACACCGAUGGACAUAAAAGGGGAGUUGAAAUACAGCCUAAUACCGAGUUUCUUACACAUGGUGGAAAAAACAAACCCGGGAUCAUUUGUCGAUCUGAAAACAACAGAAGACAACAGCUUGCUCUUUGUUUUCAUGGCGUUGGAUGCAUCCAUAAAAGGGUGGGGAGCAUGCAGACCGAUAGUUGUUGUGGACGGAACGUUCCUCAAAGCAGCUUAUGGGGGAACUUUGUUGUGCGCAUGCACACAAGAUGCAACAGGUCAUAUUUUUCCACUAGCGUUUUGUGUUGCAGAUUCUGAGAAUGACCAAUCUUGGAAAUGGUUCUUCAAAAAAUUUAAAGAAGCGUAUGGGGUCCGGGAACACCAAUGCCUAAUUUCAGACAGGAAUGAAAGCCUCAUCAAAGCAGCAAGAGAAAUCUAUCCAGAAAUUACACACAGUUACUGCGGUUACCACAUUUUGAGCAACCUUAAAACAAGCUUCAAACAACAUGCUGCCAAAUACAAUCUGCCAUUCUUUGGAGCAGUCAAAGCCUACACAGAAAAGCAAUUCGAGUUCCACAUGGCUGAAUUGGAUGGAUUGGACAAACGCAUAAGACCUUACCUAAAAAAAGUCGGUUAUGAAAAGUGGUCAAGAAUUCAUAGCCAAAACAAGAGGUAUUCUACAAUGACCUCAAACAUAUCAGAAUCACUGAACGCCGCAAAUUUGGCAGCAAGGGAGCUACCAAUUACAACGCUGCUAGAAUGCUUGAGAGCAUUGGUGCAACAAUGGACGCAUACUAAUAGGACAAAAGCACACAACACCUUCACUAAGCUAUCACCAACUGGAGAAGACAUACUGCUGAAAAAUUACACAUACUCAUUGAAUCUGGAGGUAACAUAUUAA